AUGCAAGUGAAAACGCAGCCCAACCCGGAGUCAGACUAUUUAACAAGAGAUGGUCCUUCAAGCAACAGCUCCUUCUACAGCAGCGAAGGAGAGGGGACAGACCAUGAAGGAGAUAUUUUGGAUUGCAGCGGGUCCAGGCCUUUGCUGAUGGAUUCGGAGGAGGAGGAGGAUACCUACAAGCUGUGCACAGGGUUCCUGCAGUCUGCGCCCAGGGAAAGACACGAGGCCUCCAAAGAAGAUCCCCACUCCCAGUCUUCCCAGACUAGAGCAGGGGAGAUGCUGUUCCCUGCCUUCCAGUCGCACACUGGGGAGGUUUUCAACGAACCCGAUGUUUUUGCCACGGCUCCUUUUCGAAGCUCUAGAAAAGUGCCUGAUGAGGUGGAUGUCUUUACCAAAGCUCCUUUUAUCUCCAAGGGUAACGUGGCUCUUAGACAUCCAGAAGAAGCAGAUGUGUUUCUGAGAGCCCCUUUCACUAAAAAGAAAAGCACGGAAGAGCUGACUUCCCACAGUACGUCUAAGGAACUGUUCGCACCGUCCGUUUUCUUAAGCGCAGGAGGUGACGUCCAACACAGAGCUAACCAGCUGUUCCCAGGCGUGGAUUCGGCGCUCGGUGGGUCCACGGCCUCGGCGAGAUCUCAGUGUCCCUCUGCCGGGUUUACUCAGCCAAGCAAUCUUCAUCCCUCUUCUGUAAGAGCCGUGGAGACCCAGGAAAGCCCCCCCUCGAAGGGUGUGCUGCAGGAGCAGGGUGGCGCUGCUGGCGAGAGGAACCAGGGAGGCCCCGCGCUGCCCCAGGAAGGUGUGCUGGGCUCUGCGCUUAACAAGCCUUUCCGUCCACAAUCCUUGUCAAAAUAUUCCCGUCACUACAGUCCAGAAGAUGGGCAGGGUCUCGAAGUCAAGCCCAUAGCUGCUUACAAAGUGGUUUCUCAGACCAACAGGCAGGCGAUAGCAGGAUCUGUCUCUGUUGCCCCUCUGUCUUCCAGGACUACAGAGCUCUCCGGCGGGGAUCCGUUUGCUUCAGCACCCUUUCCUUCCAAAGCAGGAAAGCAAAAGCCUUAA